AUGGCUCACGACAAGCCGGACACAGAGCCAAAUGGCGACAGGGGUUCAUAUUCGAGUUCACGCAAUCUCGAGGCCUAUCCAGGAUCAUUAGGUCAACCACAGCGGACGAAGACCACGGCCGGGCAUGUGCAAACCCCUUCUUUCGCGGGUCGAUUGGGUGGUAAUCAGCGCUUCACCUCCAGCAGCGACAGCGUUGUGACAGCCGAUGCUGUGAGGAAUGCCUCUUGGGCUAGACUGCUGGACCCGACCGACUUCAAGCACCUUUCGAUCUGGAAAUACGCCAUCAUCGAAGGCAUUGCCACCUGUCUACAGCUCUUCCUGGGUCUAUGUAUUAGCGUGGGACUCUUGCCGACAGGUGACGCGACGAGUUUGGGUCCAGUAACGCCAGUGGCGUUUGCUUCAGUCAUUCAGGUCUUUGUCAUUGCUUUGUUUGUGUAUUCGACAGGUCCUCUGACUGGUGGGCAUCUCAACCCACUCAUCACCAUGGGAACCUUUUUCGCGGGACUGUCCAGUCUACCUCGAACAGUCCUCUACAUUGUGUUUCAGUGCGCUGGAGCCAUCAUCGGCUCUCUGAUAUUUCGAGAAAGCAUUGGAGCAUCGCCUGCCGAUCUGGUGGUGGUGCCUGGAUGCUGGGUAGACACCUCUAUUGUCACACCUGGACAAGCAUUUGGAUUUGAAUUGAUGGCUACACUAUUGACCUUGUUUCUGGCCUUUGGUCUUGGUCUGGACCCGAGAAACGCAGGCCCACUGGGCCCAGGACUACCACCCAUUUUGAUCGGUAUCUCGAGCGCUGUCACCGUCUUCGGAGGAGCCAUCGCCCGUCCUGGGUAUCUUGGUGCAUCCAUGAACCCCGCUCGUUGUCUGGGAGUCGCCGUGGCUUCUCACAACUUCACCUAUCAUUACAUCCACUGGACAGGCAGUCUUACUGCAGCAUUGUUGAAUGGAGGCAUGUACUUUCUCCUCCCACCCUAUAAGAUGUGAGACCUGGGUCGUUUCUGGUAGCAUCAUACUGUCGAUCCAUAAUACGGCACGUGAGAGCGAGGGAAAAUGGUAUUGGACACAAGGAAAAAAGAGGGAACUUGGUCUUCAGGAGAAGUCAGCAGGAAAGUGCUCUUGGUUGAGCAGCCAUAGAUAUACCUA